AGACCACUAGUCGGCGACAAGAUUACCUCAGCUAUAGUUCGUUGCGCUUCCUUGAACUUUAACCCCUGGACUAACCUUCAUUGACGUACAUGUGAGACAGCAGGAGCUGCACUGGAACUGCCAUAACCACAUCAAAUGGCUAAAUAUCUUGCUCAGAUUAUUGUGAUGGGAGUACAGGUGGUGGGAAGAGCUUUUGCUCGAGCUUUACAACAAGAGUAUGCAGCCAGUCAAGCAGCAGCACGAGCCAGGGGCACCGCAGGUCAGCAGUCGGCUGCAGCCUCCAGCAUCACUGGGAUGGACCUGCAGGAGGCCCAGAAAAUCCUUAAUCUUUCAACUCUCACUCCUGAGGAGAUUCAAAAGAACUAUGAUCAUCUUUUUAAAGUUAAUGAUAAAUCAGUGGGUGGUUCGUUUUAUCUACAGUCAAAGGUGGUACGAGCGAAAGAACGUCUGGAAGAGGAACUAAGUAUUCAGUCAAACCAACAACAACAACAACAACAGAAUCAGUCACAGCAGAGCCCAGAAACAUGAACUAUAAUGAGGUUUUCCCUGUCUUUCCUUUUCCCCUCUACUGUAAAUUAUCACCAAUAAAUGUCUCCUUUGUCCUUGA